GUACAGAGGGGGAGCAGAAAUCAAUAAUUAUCUGCAUUAGGAUUUGCCACCCUUGUUUCUUUUGCUGCCUGAGGCAGUUGCCCCACCUUCCCCAACGGGAGGACCGGCCCUCACUGCCUCCCGUUCUGAGCGUCCCUGCCUGAUCGCGCGGCCACCCUCCUGUCCCCGCCCACCGCGCGGCAGCCCGGCCAAUCGCCUUUCAUUCCAGCACAACGUUGGGGGGGGGGAAAGGGAUGGAGGGGGCGGGGCCAGCCUCUGCCCCGCCCCCGCGGCGCGAGCGCUCAUCCCGCCCGACGGCGGUUUGUACGGGACAAAAAAGUAUGCGCGGGAUUCGAUUGGGACCGUUCGCGCCCCUUUUUGGCCUGAGGCGAUGAAGAGAGAGGGGGCGGAGGGGCCCUUCUAAGCCCCGCCCCUUGCUCGUUUGGCUCUUCUCGCCCUCCCCCGCCCCCCUCACGUUCCCUCUUUAAAUCCGUCGCCGGCGCAUGCGCGGCGGAGUCCGCCGCGAUGGAGGAGCUCCUGGGGCAGGUGGCGCUUCGCUUCUCCCGCCUGCCCAUGUUCCCUUUCUUCGACCUGGCGCAUUACGCGGCCUCCGUCCUGUCGCUGAAGGAGCAGCCGGGUGAGUGAGGGGGAAGGCGGGCGGGCAGCGGGGAUGGCGGCGCCGGAGGAGCCCGGCCUCGCGUCUGGCCGUGCCUCCUGGGCAUGUGCAGAGUGCCUUCCCUUGUGGACGAGCGCGGUUAGCUGCGAGGAGAGGGCUCGCUCAGCUCCACGCCGCUUUUCUCUUUUUUAAAUUGUAUGUUGCAUGCCCGCACGUUUUAUAAAGAAACACAAACACCCCUUUUUUAAAUUUUUUGGCGGGGAGGGAGAAAAUUAAGCAUUUUUUUUGUUCAUUUUUUCCUAUAUUAUAUUUUCUGUUUUACAUUUUAGAAUGUUCAUUUAAAUAACCUUAAAGCAUCAGUGACUUCCCUUCUGCUCUUUCCAUGGUUCAUUUUGCAUACCAUAAAUCCACGCAUAUUUUACAUAAACUAAGCUAUUCCAUUAUUACAUCCAUCAAAACUUGUUACUUUUGCCUGCUGCGUAGCUGCCCAGAGUGGCUGGGGAAACCCAGCCACAUGGGCGAGGGAUAAAUAAUAAAAUUUUUAUUAUUAUUAGUUUAUGAAAUUUGAAUCCAUACGACUUGGUGACAGACGCAUGCAUGGUUCGUUGGAUGGCUUUGACAGGUAGCCGGAUUAGGUAAAUUCCUGGAGGAUAUAAGGCUUAUCAUUGUAUCCUGAAGUUCUGCAUCCAGUUCUGGGCACCACAGUUUAAGAAGGGAUGUUAUGCAGAGGAAGGCGACUAAAGACAUAGGAGCCGACUCCUAGGGGCAAAGGAGUCUUCAGUCCCCUCAUAAAAUAUUUGAGUGAAUGGGCAUUGCCAUUCAAAUGGUGUAUGUUUGCAACACCAUGUGAUCAGUUAUGUGGGGCGGGGCUUACCUGGCUCACCCAAUAUUUCAAUAUUGGCACCCAGUGGACCAAGAUGAUAGAGGGUCUGGAAACCAAGCCUUAUGAGGAAUGGUUCAGGUAGCUGGGCAUGUUUAGCCUGGUAAAAAGGAGACAUGAUAGCCACCUCCAGAUAGCUAAAGGGCUGUCACAUGGAGGAUAGCGCAGGCUUGUAUUCUCCAGCUCUGGAGGAUAGGACCUGGACCAAUAGAUUUAAGUGACAAGGAAGAAGAUUCUGACUAAAUAUUAGGAAGAACUUUCUGACAGUAAGAACUGUUCGACAGUGGAAUAGUCUCCCUUGGAAGUUGAUGGACUUUCCUUCAUUUGAGGUUUUUAAGCAGAGGUUGGUUUGGCCAUCUGUCUUGGAUGCUUUAGCUGAAAUUCCAGCACUACAGGGGGUUGGGCUAGAUGACCCUUGGGUCCCUUCCAGCUCUACAGUUCUAUGAUUCUGCCAGUGACUGUUAGCUGUGUUUGUUGUAUGGAAGUCCAUACUCAAAGCUAAUACACAACAAUGCCUGUUUCUGAAGAGCAACUGUUGCCUUCAUCUCCUGCCUGUGUGCUUCCCAUAGACGUCUGGUUGGUCACUGUGAGAAAGAGGGUGCUGGACCUGAUAGGCCUUUGGUGUGAUCCAGCAGGACUUUUGUUCUAACUGGAAGUAACAACAGUGCUUCUGAUCAUGUGCAGAGUUACUUUCCCCCCUUGCACCAAGGGUGGGGAACCUGUGACCCUCCAGGUGUUGGAAGUUGGGGCUCCCAGCUUCCAUCAUCUGCAACUGUUGGUCAUACCGGCUGGGGCUGGUGGGAGUUGUAGUCAAAGACCUGGAGGGCACCAGUUUGAGGAAUGGUACCCUGAGACCAAAAUCAGCACAUGUAUCAAGAACAGCUGUUGCCAGAGGUUAAAUUUAUAGCUAGGUUCAGACUGUCCUAAAAGCUUUUAUUUAUUUAGCAUUAACAGGUUCUCAGGGUGGCUUACAAAAGUUAAAAAUAAAACCAAUGGGAACAAGAACAUUGAAAUACCACAAUUUAAAAGCAGCUGGCAGUAUUAAAGCAAAUGCCAAGCUGCACACACACAAAAAAAACAUUCAGGGUUUUUUAAAAGGCUGGCAAAAGCGUGUUGCUGAAAUGACACAAAUACGACUGGCUUAGUGCUUUGGCAUAAAAGCAGUAUGCAGAGUGGAUUUGGAGUGUGUAUGGAGCAGAUUUGACUAACAUCACAUAUCAAUGAAUGGAUUCAAGUGAUGACUCUUAUUUUGUUAUGCUGUGCUUUCUUUAAUGAAAUUCCAGGUAGCACUUGUUGGGUGUCUGGUAAUCUGUUCAGGUACUGACCAGUCCAGACCUGCUUGGCUUCAGCCAGGUUGUUGCUGCAUCAUGUGGCUUUAGGGUCUGAACUGCUUCAGGGCACAAGUUGUGAAACUCUGUAGUGCAAGGAUGGGGAAUCUGUAGCUCUCCAGGUGCUGGGCUACAACUCCCACCAUUUCUGGUUGGGGCUGAUGGGAACUGGAGUCCCACAAGAGCUGGAAGCCUGCAGGUUCUCCAAUCAUGCACUGUAGAGUCUCACGAUGUCUGCCAUGGACCAUUUCAGAACCUUUAAGAGUGUUUGGAAUCUCUCUUCAGAAAUUAAAAACUGGGUCUAUACUGGGGAUAGCUGAGCAUGUCACACACACCCCAGUCUUCUCCUUGGUCCAUAAUAGCCCUCACGAUUAUAUACAAUCAUGGUUGUGUACUUGUAUACAAAAAGAUCCCUUUCCACGACACUCUGUUCACCAUGGCCUUGACUCUCAACAAGUACUAUUGAGGCACCUCAGCCUCAAACAGGUGUGUUUAGGCAGACAAAAGGAAGUACUAUGUGACUUUGCUUUGGUAGUGUUGAAAAUGCACCGCAUUUGCCUGCAUUUUGCAGGAGUGGAACUGCUAUAGGCAAAUUCUGAAUGGGGGAAACAGUGAAAGCGAUAUGCUUCUAUGGUAUAGGCACACUUACGUGCGGCUUCUCUGCUCAGAAUCCUUCAGCUGCUUUCUCUCACUUUGAAAAAGACAGAGCUGUGUGUGACAUGAAGUUGGCCCCUUAGCAACCUUAUCUUCACCACUUGGCCGGAGCACACACUGCAUGCCUUCAUGGUGUCUCAUCAUUAGUGGGGUAAACCCAACUGACAAGACCAUGUUCAGAUUGAUGAUACAAAACACUAAAUUUAGUUCAUCAUUCUACCCACAAUAUAGCUAUAAAUGGCAACUUUAAAUGGCAAGCCAUUGAAGCAGCAUAACAGCAUAGUAACAACAUGCCCAUGCUAUAAUCAUUAACUUGAAUUUUUGGACCCACAAAUAAUGUGCAGUGUUCCUUUCCUCCAAAGAAAAACAAAUUGAUUCCUUUGACUCCAGGGGCGUAUUUGCAACACAGUCUUACACUGGCUUUUACAUGUUGCUGCUUCCUCAAAGAAUCCUGGGAAUCAAAGCUGGAGUGUAGAUCCAGACUUCGGAGAGACAUGGGAAUGGUGCUAAUAACAUCCCCUCGCCCCCCCCCCCCCCAAAAAACACACACCAGGUCAUGGCCCAGUCCUGCUUGUGGUGAAAAUGGCAUAGUGGCUGUUGCACCACUGCUGCUUAGGUGGCAGUGCUGCUCUCCACCGGGUGCCUGGACAUGCUGCAGUGAUGAAUGGUGGUGGUGGUUUUGAAUGGGAGCUAAGCUCAGUUCUCAUCCAUGGUGAACACCUGCAAUCUUAAGUUACCCCAAUGCAAUGCUUGGCUCAUAGAUCUAGUUGGGCAAGGCUGGUAUAAAGAAGGGAUGUACCAUAAGAGGAGGGACGCGGGUGGCGCUGUGUGUUAAACCACAGAGCCUAGGACUUGCCGAUCAGAAGGUCAGCGGUUUGAAUCCCCGCGACGGGGUGAGCUCCCGUUGCUCAGUCCCUGCUCCUGCCAACCUAGCAGUUCGAAAGCACGUCAAAGUACAAGUAGGUAAAUAGGUACCGCUCCAGUGGGAAGAUAAACGGUGUUACCAUGCGCUGCUCUGGUUUGCCAGAAGCAACUUGGUCAUGCUGGCCACAUGACCUGGAAGCUGUACGCCGGCUCCCUCGGCCAAUAAAGCGAGAUGAGCGCCGCAACCCCAGAGUCGGCCAUGACUGGACCUAACUGUCAGGGGUCCCUUUACCUUUAUCUACCAUAAGAGGCAUAGGGGGCAAGGGAGGAACACCAAAAGCUGAAGGGGACCGGAGACUCAGGCCAGCUUGGCAGGACUUUCCAGCUGAAAGUGGCAGACCAGAGGACCAGAUGCAGAAGGAGCUGGAAGCACAGGUGGUGGUGGUGCUCGCUUGACCCCUUUGGAACAGGAUUGCCAAUGGCUUAAUGAUGCAGCAGCAUCUCAAGCAUGAACUGAGUGUAGGAGGAGCAGCAGGGAAAAGUUACCAUUGCUUGCACCUGUAUAAUUUUGGACAUUAAGGCAUCAUUCUGGAAGUCUGAGUUUCCUGGUCUCUCUGGGAAGGUGAAGUCUUCACUUGUUGCUGUUCUUGCUUGGAGAGAAAACCUGCAACUAAUCCACUAGCCCCUGUUCCUCUGAAUCUGGAGCAUCUUCCUGAUAUAUAUCAAAACAUCUUUUUUGGGGGGGGGGUAGUGGAAAUUAGACUUGUGGAAUAUGUGUCUGUCUUCUGACCUCACAAAUCCUUGUAAAUAUAUACUUGUGAAUAGGGCAUUUGGACUUAAUAUCUUGUGCUCCAGACUUGUAAUUAGGUAAAUCUGAUAGUUCAUCCAGAUAAUUAUCUCCCUUGUCAAGCACACAAUUAAGCUUAAUUAACUGCAGCUUUAAUGCUAGAAGGAAUAUUGAUGGGUUCUCAGCACUAAUAUUCAUUGGGACAUGCAGUGCAGAUAUUAAAGCAUGGCAAUUUAUAUUUGGAUAUUGCUGAUACAAACUAUGUUUAAUUUGGCUUAACAAAAGUAAUUCCAAAGAAUUAAGUUGCAUGUGCACCUACUAACUGGAUCCUCAUUUUUUGGUAUGAAUUAAAGGCAGGUAAUUAGUGGCUACAUCUAAUUACUUGUGGAUUACUGAAAGCAAAUCACUUGAUCAUUUCUGUUUUCUCCCAUUAAAAUUUGCUUUUCUACAUAAUACCAGUUUCUUAACUUGCCUGCUUUCUUGUGCUCAUACUAUUGUAAAGAAAGCAAGUUUUUUUAAAAAUUGAAAUAGUAUUGCAUUUGCAGUAGUAGAAUGUUUUGUAGAGAGUUGGAGCUGGGUUGGUCCUUUUGAAUGAAGCCUUGCACCUGUUCUGGUGCUAUGAUGGUUGCAUUCAGUGCUGUUAUUACUUGGACCAUUGUAAAUGUAUCUUCUUUUUUGACAUUCACAUAGUAGCUGAUUGUUGAGGGGUCUGUAUGCUUUGCACAGUAUUUCAUCAUGCUUGAUAAGUACAUAUUGAAUAGUUAUAGGUCGGUAGCCAUGUUGGUCUGCCGUAGUCAAAACAAAAUAAAACAAUUCUUUAAUAUAAAAGAAGUGUGCAUGCACACGAAAGCUCAUACCAAUAACAAACUUAGUUGGUCUCUAAGGUGCUACUGGAAGGAUUUUUUUUAUUUUACAUAUUGAAUGUGGACCAAUCUUGGAACAACCUUGCAAACAAAGUUCAUAACAGCUUUUUUGCUAGUUGACUGCAAAGACCCCCUGUACCGGCCAUUUGUGGCCUAAAAGAAGGCAGGGGGUGGAAAACCUUUUCUGCCUUGUGGCCUGGAGUUGGUCCUUGCCACAAACAAAUCAAACAAAAGUCUUCUUAUAAGGUUGGCUUAGAACCCAACAGUGAGGCCAGUUAAGGAGAAAUCUUAAAUGACAUCAAUGGGGUUGACAAUGCAGUUUUAAGUAUGUUUACUCAGAAGUAAGCUCUACGUUCAGUGGGAAUUGCUCUCUCAAAGUGUUCUUGGGAUUUUGACCAUAGACAGUUUGUUCUGUAUGCUUUAGCUAUGGGUAGGCAAUGGAUUUAUUGGCUUGGAUACAAAGGUGAAUAGUCAGGCCCUUUUGCUUUUGCAAGGCAUCCCCAACCAAAUUCUUCUCAUUUCCUUAUCCUGCCCCAGAGACUCCUGUGCUCCAACUCUUGUUCUUUCAAAGAGUCACUUGAUCCUUAGGGUCAUCUUUAGGAAGUUUUUGGGGUGUUAUAUCAGGAAAGACACAAUGACCCUUCACACUCGUGAUGCCAUUUCAAAUACUUUGGGCAGCAUCCAGCUUUAUUCACUUUAUUCAGUAAUAAGCAACAUACUGAACUAAAUAAAAAUCCAUUUAUUUCAGUGGGUUUGCUCAGAGUAUGGCUAAAGUUGGAGAUCAUGCUUUCUAUACUGUUUUCAUAAAUAAUGCUUAAACCCAUUUUGGUAUUGGGCAUGUGAAGCAAAUUAAUGAACUACAUUGGUAGGAACAGUGGUUCCCAAAUUUGCACCCCACUGGAUGGCCUGAAAAUUGCUGAGGGUGGUGGUUGGUGCUGACCUGUGAUCAGGUUUUUGCUCUUUCUGUAGAGAUUAAAGGUGAGAUGUUUGAACUACUUACACUUUGUCUUUUCUACUGUUCCAGGAGCAGUUGACGUAUCAUACCGCAGCCCAAUUGCAUGCUGGUUUAGCGCAAUGCUUUACUGUUUUGGUGGCUCCAUUUUAUCUUCGCUGAUGCUUGCAGAACCUCCAGUUGGAUUUCUUGCCAACACCACAAAUGUCUUACUUGCCUCGUCAGUCUGGUAAGCAGCUUUUACGAUGAAGGAUGUUGCCUAAAACUUAAAUCUGUGCUUAAAUUCAUGGAAUGCAGCUUCAGAAUUUUAGAGCUGCCAUCUGAUUCAAAGAAUCUAGGUCAGUUAAUUGUGUGAGUUUUAAUAGAUUAAAUCUGCAUAGUUUUGCAUACGAAUGAAUAAAUAAAAAUAUUCAGGGCCCAAGAGAAAUGGGUGUCUGCAAUUGGCGGUUUUUAAAUAUGCUUUUUAAUACAAGUUGUUGUCUGGGUACCUCGUUGAAAAAGGUUUUUAUUCAAUUUAAUCAAUUAGUUAACACAGUGUUGCACCUGUAAUUAGAAGCUGUUCAAAUGCUAAAAACUGGAUGUUUAUAUAGACAUGCAUAAAAAGGGCAAUUGGUGCACUUGCCACAAUAUGUACAUAGAGUUAUUUUGGUUCAUGGUGUAGCUUGGGGAAGGUGAAUAAUCUGCAGGUUUUCCUAUAGGGUGUGUUGUUCACAGUCCUGACUGGCUGAUCCCUGUGAUGUCAAGAACCCUCUUUUCUUGUGUGUCCCCCACCCCCUAUGCUGUUUUACAUGGUUUUUAUUUUUAACAAAAGAGCACUGGGUGUAUGUUAGACUGACUAAAAUAAAACGUUGCACUAAAGAAAAAAACUUUUAAAGGCAAUAAUACAUCCUGUCUCAAAUGUGGGGUAAGACCUGUUACUUUAGAACAAUGGCAGGUACGUCUGUCUUUCAAGAGGAAAUUGGGCUUGCCCUUCUCGGAGUAAAAGCGAGCAGUUACUGUUUUCAGGUUCAUUUUGAAUGCCGCCAUCGAUGCCUUUCUCACAAAGGCUGCAGUCUCAGUUACUUACCUGAAACUCGGCGGGCCUCGGCUUCUAGUAAGUACAGUGGUACCUCAGGUUACAUACGCUUCAGGUUACAUACGCUUCAAGUUACAGACUCCGCUAACCCAGAAAUAGUGCUUCAGGUUAAGAACAGAUAUCGUGCUCCGGCAGCAUGGCGGCAGCAGGAAGCCCCAUUAGCUAAAGUGGUGCUUCAGGUUAAGAACAGUUUCAGGUUAAGAACGGACCUCCGGAACGAAUUAAGUACUUAACCCGAGGUACCACUGUAUAGAUCAGAUUGGGCUGCUUACCUUGGUGUCUUGUGGCGUAAAUGGAAGCCAGUCAUUCAAUUUACCGCAUUAAGAUUUGCAUUUUCCUGACUAUUAGAGCCACCUUUCCUCCAGGGAGCUCAAGGUGACAUAUAUGGUUCUCCCCCUGCCCCUUUUAUCCUCGCAGCAACCCUGUGAAGUAGGUUCAGCUGGGGAAUUGACCCCUGGUCUUCCAAGUCCUAGUCCAGUACUCUGAACACUACACUUCUAGUCUUUCAGAACAUUGGAGUUAGGAGAAAGACAGAAGAUUGGUACGUGCAAACUAGUAAUUACUGUGAGCUAGAUUUGUCCUCCAUGUGAAUUUCCAACUAGCUGAGAGGCCCAGUAAUAGGACUUAGCAGUGUUCGUAACUGGCACAGAACAGUAUCUUUUUAUGCGUGCAUAAAGUACAUGUUGUUCUUUUUCAGACUUUUUCCUAAUUAGUGAAGCUCAUUAACAGUUUUGAGUUGGGGUUGAAUUUAUGAAUCUCAGCCCUUCUUUAGCUGCCGUGACACGAGCUGUGGAAUGGAUGCUACUCUCUUCCACUGUCUCUUAACCCACAUUUGGGUGGGGUGAAUGCUUGUGGGGUCUUUUUUUGUGGGGGGGGGGAAGUGUUUUUCCUUCACUAUAGUAGUUUCUCAGUUUAAGCAGUACUAACAUCAUCUUAUUAGAAGUUCAUCGGUAUGAGAAUGUGCUUUGAUUUAGGUCGCCUUUAAUCAGAAUAAUUGGGUCUCCUGGCCUGAAAAACAAAGCAUGCAUUUUCUGGCUCAGACCCUAACUUUUCUUCCAUAAACAGAACAGAGUUGGUGUUCAUGGAAUGGCCUUUUGCUUCACUCUGAAGCCUCCUGCACCCCGCCCCCCAAACCCCCUGUCCCUAUAAGUUGGGGGUCUGUUGAUGAGUGAGGUAGUUGGGUGACAAUGUAACCCUUCCUCAGGAUUCAAGUCCAUGUGUUUACCGUCAUCCUAUACUCGUCCUAGAAUCCAAAAAUCUCAUUAUGAGAUGCCGUUCUGAGCCAUAUCCAUUGCUUGACAUAGGAAGAAGCUAUAGGGAGGUAUAGUCGAAGCUGCUUUUCAAUAUGCAGAGACUUAAAUGGUGUCUUAUUAAAAUUAACUGAUUGAUUGAUAAAACACUCCAGUUAUUCAGGCAAAUUAAGUCCAAGGAAAAAAAUAACUUCAUUGCCUUGUUUCUUCCUAUCAUACUUAAAGGAUGCCACCAUCCUUAAUAGGAUAGCUUGAAUGUAUAUUCAUGCACCAUCAUCUCUACUUUAAGGUGCAUCUGUUAGGAUAAGAGGGACACGGAUGGCGCUGUGGGUUAAACCACAGAGCUUAGGGCUUGCCGAUCAGAAGGUCGGCGGUUCGAAUCCCCACGACGGGGUGAGCUCCCGUUGAUUGGUCCCUGCUCCUGCCAACCUAGCAGUUCAAAAACACGUCAAAGUGCAAGUAGAUAAAUAGGUACCGCUCUGGCGGGAAGUUAAACGGUGUUUCUGUGUGCUGCUCUGGCUCUCCAGAAGCAGCUUAGUCAUGCUGGCUACAUGACCCGGAAGCUGUACGCCGGCUCCCUCGGCCAAUAAAGCGAGAUGAGCGCCGCAACCCCGGAGUCGGUCACGACUGGACCUAAUGGGCAGGGUCCCUUUACCUUUACCUGUUAGGAUAAGAAGCAGUUUUCCUAAAGCGUUUAGGGAAGCUGGGUCCCAUCCCCCCCCCCCGCAAAAAAAACCCUGCCCGCCUUGCUGGUGCAUUUGGGAUGUACAACAUACUGAUUUUGUGUUAUAUACAGUACAUCAUGAUGAACUCCUGUUUUUUCUUACAUAUAGAUUGUACCCAUGCAGAAAAACAGUGGGGUUUUGUGGUCCCCCAGCAGUUGUUUCUGGGGCCCCAUCAGGACUCCAAGCUGAGUGCUAGCCACCUCUGGUGCAAGGGAUUCUAUAUGACCUUGGUUAAUAACACUGCUAUCAUUAUUAAAAGUAAACAUGGCAAAUGCACUAUCAGGGCCCCGUUUUCUGCAGUUGAAUCUUUUAAUAUAUCUGAGAAGUAGGUGUUUAAACCUUUCCCCUCUCAUCCUCUGAAAUGCUUCACAAGGAAUUGGAUUGGAGAAGGUGCAGCCCCUUGAUGUGUGAAGUGGUGUGUGGAUGCUUCCAUCAAAACAGAAGGCAAGUUCUGAAGAUUGCUGUCAGAUGCAUCACAGAACAAACCAAGAACCCAAGUGACAAGUGUGAAAUGCUUUGUUUUCACUCAAGCCUUGUUUACAUUUACACGUUGAAGUAUGAGCCCUAUCGACUUCAGCAACUGACCAUUUAGGAAUGUUGUUAUUGCAUGUAAAAAAUACAGCCGACUUUAGAAUUGUGUAGAAUGCUGCCUCCGUAUUGCAUAAAAUCUGAAAUGAAACUUUCCCCCUUCACUGGGAGAAAAAAUUCCAUCAGUAAGAGAGUGGCAAAUUAAAUUUUGUGAAUAUAUAGUUCUGGCAAGACUUACGGCAGCGAUAAGAGGACAAUCAGAUCAAAAACUGAUAGAAGAGUGGGAUUGUGUAAAGGAGUACAUGAAAAAACAUUGUUCUGGCAUAAACAUAUUGAUAUGCAAUGAAUGAAGUUUACAGGGUAAAGACAAGGAGAAGUUGGGUAUAAAAGGUAUAAAGGCAAAAUAUUAUUGAUAACACAAUUAAAAUAAAAGAGAAAGAAGGAAGUCAUACACAGGUGGAGGGAAGUCAAGAUUUGUGUACUUUUGUUUGUUUGUUUUUGUAUUUUAGGUUGAUAUCUUUUUUCGUUUGCUGUUUCUCUUAUUUUUUAUGUUACUUUGACGUUGUCUAUUCUGUUUGUUUCGUGUUUUUUGUUAUUGUAACUAUCAAUAAAAAAUAAAAAUAAAAGAAACUUUUUCCCUUCUCUGAACAAGCCAAGCUAAUAGAGAUUCUGUUAUGGCUGUCAACUAGUGACAUCUACUGGCACCUAUUGGAAACAUCUCUCGCAUUCUACAAGAGCCAGUCUUAUUUAUUAUAAAUGCCUGAUUUGAAUACUAUAUACUAUUUUCCCCUUUGACUAGGACAUAAUGAGGAAUCUGCUGUUCUUCCUAUACAGCAGAGACAAUUAUGCACAUGCAUUGCUAUGACUUUGCAUGAAAGGAAUGUGCCUCUAGAGUUGUGAAGGCCCAGAAGAAAACUGGAAAAACAAAAGCUGGCUGUUCCCCUCCAAUUCUUCUUCUUGUGUCCCCUCUCCCUUGAAAAAUAAAUGGGAUUUCACAGGUGUACGGUAAUGAGCAAAUAUUGUGUAAUACCACUUCUCUAAUGAGAUCAAAAUCACCACUGAGCAGUCUCCUAAUUUAUUAUAGAUCCCUGGCCAGCGACUAGUUUUACAGGCAAAUUUGAGAGAGGGUGGAGAGCGGCGGUUCAGACUAUCCUGUAUGGUUCGCCAGACUGUGCUGUCAAACAGACCCACAGAGAGACCACUUUUUCCACCUGCUCCUGUCAGAGUUAAACACUCAGAUAUGUGAGCCUAGGUGCCAAAUGGCUCCUUAAAUGUCAAGUUGCCUUUUUUCAAUACAACUUUUUGUUUCCUGAAAUCCAUUCUGAUUGUGCAGAUAAAAUAUAAUGGACAAAAUUCUGCAGGAUGUGUUGCUCGUGUGUAGAAACAGGCAAGAUCCAAGGAUCUUCAGGCAUGCACCUCCAGGUGGUGGAGACAUCAGGCGGCAUCCUGGCACCCGGGCAUCUUCACCUGGUUGCAAAUGGCCAAUAGUCAGGUGCAAAGUGCAGAAUUUCAAACACUGGCUCCUCUUGCUCCUAGGUGGGCAGGUCUGGCAUUGCAAAUUCCUGUUGAAGACUUUUGCACUAGGGUGCUAGGGAAAGAUCUGCUUCAUAAGCAAAGAUAAUUUGACCUGUCUGAAAAAAAAUACCCAACUUGUACAAUGUUUCCAAAUGUAAGCUUAUUUUUUAAAAGAUUUUCACCCAAUGCACCUGCUGGAGGUUAGGGAGAGUCUGUUGUAUUAAGACAACUCACAUGCUAAAUUGAAGCCCUGCGUAUUAUUAUUAAAUAUAGAUGUUAAGAAACGUAUGUGGAUUCUGAGAAUGGAAAAAGCAAGGUCCAUAUAGUGAAGUCACAACUGUUGGCUUGCAAUAAUAAAGCAUAUCUGUGCGGAUUGAAGAAGGCAGAGGUGCUUGGCCCUUUGAGCUUCCAUUGGCACAGGAGCAGGCAUCUGAGGAAGGCUUAUUCCUUUGGCACGCCGAUGGAGAGAGAUCGGAGAAGGCUGGUGAAACCUGAUGAAGAGAUCUCCUCUGAUCCUGACAGUAAACCAUCAGCAUCUCUGUUCACUCUGUGUCAGCCGGCGUGCUUGAUUUUCAAUCAAAUUUGGCAGUGGGAGGGAGACGGUAAUGAAAAUGAUGUCUCUUUGUUAAAGGAGCCUGUAGAGGCAGAGGCAAAAGGGGAGAGCAAUAGAUGAUUAGGAGGAAGCGAGUAAAACGCUGCCUACCAGGCCUUUAUUUAUAAUUGUUCAACCUUUGUGCUGGGGUGGAACAGUGAGGGAAUAUAUAUAUCUUUCAAUAAGUGAAUGGGAGGGAAAGAUUGUUCAGAGCUAGACAAAAUGCUCAUGUAAUUGCCCCUGCUCCUAUAGGUAUGUGGAGAGAGUCACUCAUGCAAUUGCAGCAUUGGUGAAUGCAUGUUUCGGGCUCCUAGCCUAUUUUCCCCAAAUUUGGGAGCUUUAGGAAAAUGCUGUAUUUGUACAUUAGAAGUGUAAUAUUAAGAGGAUACAUGUGGACUAAACACAAUGGAUGUGACUUUUUUUUAAUGCUAUAUACUUCUUUAAAAUGCCAGAUCUUGAUAUACCACAAAGAAUGAGGUGUUGGGGUAUUUUUUUUUACAGCAGUUGUGUGUGUUUGUUUUUAACCAAAGAGCAGGGAAGGAGCCACAUGCCCACAAUUUCAGCAGCACGCUGCAUGUUCACAUUUAAACCAUAGUUUAGUUUAACUAUGGUUUAAAGUGACUGAUAGCCGUAAUACUACAGCGAUGACUUCUUAACAUCUAGCUCUUUUUUUUUUUUUAAAAAAAAGCCUUUAUCAGUUUGUUUCAUUUUGUCAGCAUGCUUCCAUUGCAAACAUUGCGAAGUAGCUAAGGUUCAAACUUUUUCCCCAAUUCUUUAGGUAUCUUGUAUUUUAUUGUCCGCGUGAUCUAGCCUACCGCUGUUUCUGUUUUCUACCUAUACGACUGCUGCUUGCAGGGAUGAAGGAAGUGACUAGAACGUGGAAAAUAACUGGCGGGAUUGCACAUGCACAUCAGCACUACAAAAAUGUCUGGUUAAUCAUGAUAGUAGUUGGCUGGGCCAGAGGUAAUGUAUAAAAAAUAAUAUCUAUAUAUAUUAAAAAGCGUUUCAAAUUUUAAGGGGGAAUCUCAAGGACAGUGGUUGCAAAUCUUUUGAGGGGGCAUGGGCUGCACUGACACAUAGUGAACCCUCUGUAAAAAAAAAUCAGUAUGGCCAAUUAUUAUUUUUUUAAAGGACACUGGGGCGGCUCACAAAAAUCAUUGGCAUUUUGGGUGGCAUUUUGGGGGCACAAAAAUGGGUGUGUGUGGACUGUACAUAGCUUGUGUGGAUUAGGCACCACUGUUCUAUGAAAUGGUAUUGCAUCCGGGGCCACUCUUAGAGGAAAAACCAAUUUAAAUCCAUCCUGUUAAUGUGUUCUUCGCCCUCCCUCCCUCUCACCACUGCCACCCCCUUCUUGGCUGCUCCUUAGAGCCAUGAAGCUCAAUCCUGCUCAAGUUUAGUUCCACCCUCCAGAGGAAAAGAACUCAUGCCUAAGCUUUCACAUGUUGCUGUUUAUGUGGCCUCUGAAUAAGAUGUCCCUAGUUUAGGUUUCAGUUUUACUGGCAAAUGCUGUUCUUGGAUGAGAGCCGCUUAUAGGUGCUCUCAUUUUAUUACGGAAUUCCACCUCUGCCAGGUAUAACAGUAGCAGGGGCAUUUAUAUUUCUACGUCAGCUCUGACAGGUUUGUUUAAAGCUCAAAUUAUAAGGCAGCAAUCCAUAGGUAGGAGAUGGGGAGGUCAGCACGGUGGACGUCAGGGCAGGGGAGUGUUUUUGUGCUUUCUCGUCGUUUUUAAAAAAUGUGAACAUUGGAAUUGGUGGAAAGGGAAUAUACUACAGUAGCUCCAGUUUGGUUUAGUUACAUAUAACUAAACUGCUAGCUUUCAUAUGUGUGCUGCAAAAGGCUCUUUUGGUGAGAGCUGACAAGUGAUGGGUGUUUCAAAAAAGGUUCAAGAGUUGCAGUCAUGGUGUUUAAAAACAGAACACUGGUUUGUCCCUCCUCUGCCAGGUCCCAGUAGGCUAGUCAAAUUUUUUUUGUAGACUAAUAACUUAUGCGAGACUUUUAUAGGGCUGGACUACUACUUCCAUGAGUUUGGUGUCUUUCUUCUGGAGUAGUCACAGGGAAGAGUGGAAGUCAUUCUAUGAGCCCUUAAUGGGUGCAUAAUCUCUGUGUUGCUAUUGCUUUGUAAGCAAGAAGAGAUUUUGUGCUUAACUUCAGUAAGAUAUAGGAAUCUCUCUCUCAAAGCCUUUUUUUACUAAAUGGACAAUCACAAAUUCUAAGCUCCAGCGUACCAGGCUGCUGCCUCCAUUAUUAUUAUUAUUAUUUAUUAAGCUUUGACAAAAUUUAAGAUCCUUGUUGAAUUAAUUUCCCCCCUGAAAUAUUAGGUGCUUGCCCCUGACAAUAGGAUGCUUUCAAAUGAGUCUCAAAUUGAGGACCCAAUUUCAAAAACUGUGAAGUAGGUCAUUCCAUUUGUGCCUAUAACUUGAGGGCCAUAUCCUGCUCCUUUUAGAAAGGGAUGUGAGCAGCUUUGCAGUUGUCCUGACUGGAAGCAGAAUUGAAUGUCGUCAGAUCUUCUGGAACCAAUUUUAUGCAUGUAAUAAUUUCUUGUUGAAUUGCAGGAGCUGGGGGCGGCCUAAUAUCUAACUUUGAGCAGUUAGUGAGAGGUGUGUGGAAGCCAGAAACUAAUGAACUGCUGAAGAUGUCCUAGUAAGUCAAUGAAAAGCACGUAACAAUUGUCACAGUACUGGGAAUGUUCUUUCUUUGUAUUGAAAGUAGUACUGUAUGAGUAGCUCUUCAGUAACAUGACUCUUCUAUAAUAAAUUAGUGUGCUUCAAACUUUCUGCCUGGAGGGAGAACUGUCCGUGCCAGUUUGCUGCUGAGGAACCCCAAAAUAUCUGCAAUGAAACUGUCGCAUGUUGUAGUAUUGGUUUCUAGAAAACCUAUUAGUUUUGCUCUAUAUGAAUUGGGUAAAAAGAUAAAGGUAAAGAGAACCCCUGACAGUUACGUCCAGUUGCGAACGACUCUGGGGUUGUGGCGCUCAUCUCGCUUUACUGGGUCAUGUGGCCAGCAUGACUAAGCCACUUUUGGCGAAACCAGAGCAGCGCACGGAAAUGCUGUUUACCUUCCCGCCAGAGUGGUACCUAUUUAUCUACUUGCACUUUGAUGUGCUUUCGAGCUGCUAGGUUGGCAAGAGCUGGGACCGAACAAUGGGAGCUCAUCCCGUUGCGGGGAUUCAAACCGCCCACCUUCCGAUCAGCAAACCCUAGGCUCCGUGGUUUAGACCACAGCGCCACCUGCAUCCCUGGGUAGGACUGGGCAAAUACAGAGCGCUAGAGUGCUCUGUAUUCUUGUGGUUUAUCACAUGGGAAAGUGAGCAAAGCAGUGCACAUAUAACCACAUAAAGAUGAUGAAGAGUCUAUGGCUGCAAGCCACGGCUCCUCAGAAGUAAGUACUAUUGACUUCAUAUGGAGUUCAUCUUAAAUUACCUGUCUGCACUACUGCCCACAGGGAAGGGGAGCUGAGGAACAAGGCAGCAGAGAGCUUCAUUGAAGAGCCCUAUGGGGCCUCUCAAGUAAAGACGUUGGCAGCGACUUCCACUGGGGAUCACCAUGGCUGUUGACUUGUCCUGCAAUUUGCUGCAUUUUAUGCCCCGUUCCUCUUAGCAUUUAAAAUGAAGCUGCUAAAAGCACUCAUUCAGAGUUUGGAAGUAUACUGACGACACCCAGCUGAGUCAUAUGAUCAUAGAAUGAGCUGGAAGGGACCAUGAGGGUUAUUUUGUCCAAUCCCCUGCAAUGCAGGAAUUUUUUUGCCCAACCUAUGACCCUAAGAUUAAGAAUCUCAUCCUCUACCAACUGAGCUAUCCCAGACGUCUUUCCCCUCCUUCCAUUCCCAGCGAGGUGAUGAAACCCUUGAACGGUUGCCUGGAAGAGGUGAUGGGUUGCAUGCAGGCUAAUAAAUAGAAGCUCAACCUAUUCUCUCCUCCCCCCUCCCGUUUAUGGUUUUGUAUCCUGCUUAGUAAACUGAGAUUGACAGCUCAGCCCUAUACACGCCUCUUAAGGCAUAAAGUCAAUAUAACUUAUUCCUAAGUGAGAAAGUAUAGAAUUGCAGUCUUAAACCACAGUUUCUGAAUUCAGAUGUACCUGGAAAACCAGGGUUGUAACAAACCAUGAUUGAAACGCUAAAGCUGCCAUCUUGAGUGCAGGAUGGGGGCAACAGCAUGGGUCUAACUCUCAUUCUGUGCUUUGAAAACCAAGAGAGAUGAAGCAAAUAUAUCUUCAUCGGAACUGGUCCUUUCAGUAACAAACUGUAAGAGUAUAGUGCAGGGUUUCCCAAACUUAGCUUUUUUUGGACUACAAUUCCCAUCAUCCCUAGGUAGCAGGACCAGUGGUCAGGGAUGAUGGGUAUUGUAGUCCAAACACACCUGGGUUCCAAUUUGGGAAACUCUGGUCUAGUGUUAGGCAGAACAAGUGGGAUAUAAAUCGAAAAUAGUCUUUCUUUGGCUUUCAUUGUGGCAAGUGUGUUGGCAACAGGAGUCUGGCGAAUAGCUACAGUUGCAAUCAAAAUUAUUCAGCUCCCAUUGUAAAUCAGGUUUAUUAUCAAACUUUACAGACAUUCAGCUGUUUGCAAUGCAGGGGGUUGAAUAAUAGUGAGACUGGAGAAGCGAGCAUAAGUUGCAAUUUCAGCUGAAUUGGGUGAACUACUCGAAGCAUCCGUUUGUGUUCAGCUAUUCCAAUUGCUUUUGUUUGAUUUGCUCGUUGCAAACAGCUGAAAUCUGUAAUUUUUUAUUAUAAACCUGAUUUGCAACUGGGGGGGGGGGGUUUGAAUCAUUUCGAUUGCAACUGUAAAUCCUUUUCCUGUCCUACCUACUGAUGCAAGGGAUUACUGGGUGUGUGGGAAUAGGGCAGGCAAACUGAACCUUAACAGCAGGGAUAACUUCGUGUGAUUUGUUAGGUAAGGGAAAUAGUAUCAGUCACUCAUCUGGAUGAAAAAUAAAAGUUAAAACUCUGCUCUUAAGGACUAAACUCUGCCGAGAGCUAAACCUGUUUACCACCCCAAUCCUGACACUGAAUUGUCUAGAUCACGGGUAGGGAACCUGUGACGCUUGUUGGACUUUAGUCUCCCAUCAGCGUCACUCAGCACGGCUUAGUGAUCAGGGAUGAUGGGAGUCGUAGCCAUACACCACCCGGAUUUGCGCAUUCCUUAUCCCUAGUCUUGCGCAGGAGGGAAAUCUUGCCAGGGGUCCUUGCAAUGUGCGCCACCAGCCCUGCCUUUUGCUGAAUGCAUCCCCAAAGCAGCCUGCCAGUCAUAGUGACGGGCGCUUCACCAGUGUCUGACAAAACGUCAGCUUCAAAGCAGUAACUGAAAUUAAUCGGGAACGAAAAGUUCAGGUUUUGUGGGGAUGCGAGAGCCUGCUCCGAAGGCGAGCCGCAUUAGUAUGCUGUUCAGAGCGUGCCUCUGGCACACGGGGGAAUACUGCUUGAGUUACAGCUUUCAGCUCGGGUUUGCAGAAGCUAAAUUGGGAAUGUUAAAUCACUCCCAAUUUAACUUCUGCCAUGGGAAGUACAAAAAGAGCUGGAGCAGGCUGUCAGGCCCCAGCCGCUCCUCCAGAGGGGGAAACGAGCUCAUGGUGGGCGUUUUAAAGUCCCCUUGCCCUUCCUCUCUGACUUCCUGGCAGGGUUUCCUUUGCGGAAGUGAUUAUUUUGAAAAGACUGCUGCCACUGCUAGUGUGAUAAAAGCAGCAGGAGUGCCAAAGCACUUAGGCAUCCUGCUUCCAGCCACUAUCCUAGGUAAUAAAGAAUGACAGGAGAGAAACACAGCAACGCAAGCAGAGCUGUUGCCAAAAGUCGGCGUUGUCUCUUCUCCCUCUUGACCCACCCGCUUAGCUUUGUGUGUGUGUGUUUGUGGUAUGAGCUGCCUUUUGUUGUUGUUGGGCGUGUGUAGGUGACCUAAAUCCUUCAGCUGUGAAGAGAAAUGCAAUUUUUGUCAGUUUAACAUGCUGCAGUUGUAUUUUUUCUUCUCUUAAAGCUAUAUGCUGGUCAAUGCAAGGCAGAGCAUUGUAUGUUUUUAAGAGGGGAAACUUGAAGCUCAUGAAAGGAGAAAUGUUUCUCAGGAGCUCCUCUUGCGACAAUAUCACUGAUUUGAGAACUUUAGGAUUUUAAAAAGGGUUAUACGUAGAUUGAUAUUUUCUAUUACUGCACAGUGCAAUUUAGUUCAGGAUUAUACAUUGCUCCUAAGGAGCAUUUAGCAACUCCUGAGGUCCCAGCUGCUGCCCACCUAGCAGUUCAAAAGCACGUCAAGUGCAAGUAGAUAAAUAGGUACUGCUCUGGUGGGAAGGUAAAUGGCGUUUCCGUGCGCUCCUCUGGUUCGCCAGAAGCAGCUUAGUCAUGCUGGUCACAUGACCCGGAAGCUGUCUGUGGACAAACGCUCGCUCCCUCGGCCUAUAGAGCAAGAUGAGCGCACAACCCCAGAGUCGUUCGCGACUGGACUUAAUGGUCAGGGGUACCUUUACCUUUAAGGUUCCUAAGGUGGGGAACUUGUUUUUCAGCCAGAGGGUGGCAUUCCUUCAUGCGAAACCUCCCCGGCGGACUGCCUGCAAAUGCUGAGCAGGGCCAGAGGCAAAUGUGGCUAGACUAGAGCAACAGAUGUGCCUCUUUUGUAUGUUUCGGCCACUCAAAAGUCAGAGGUUUUGGCACAGACCUCCCACUCCAUCCAGGUGAGCAAGAGGCAGUGCCAAGGUUCAGAGACACCUUGCAGCUAGGCAGAGCGCUUGAGGGCAUGGAGGACAGGCAGUGCAGGGUGUGUCCUGGGAAGAAGAGGCCAGGGAGACCGUAGAAAGGACUAGAUAAGAUGGGUUGGGGGGAUUUCUGCCCCCCCCCGGCAUGAGGUUACCCACCCCUGCUCUAAGCCACAGUGUUGGGAAUUUUCUAAGUGCCUUUAACAAGGGGCCUGCUUCAUAGGGUUGCGGGCAGAGAUCUCCCUGGUGAACCAAGGGGAAGACAAAUGCAUGUUAAACAAUUAGCCCCUUCUAUGUUCUGCAUGAGUCUGACCAAACUGCGAGAGGCAGUGGAAGACAGGAGUGCCUGGCGUUCUCUGGUCCAUGGGGUCACGAAGAGUCGGACACGACUAAACGACUAAACAACAAUGUUCUGCAGAGGGCAGGAGCCUUGUUCUUUUACAAUCUCCAGCCAUCAACUCACUGGUUGACUUGGGCAAGCUUUUAUUCAGUAAGUUUGUCAACCUGGCAUGCCUGUCUGCAAUGUUGCCAUGCUACUUUACAGAGAUGGUGUAAGGAUUAGCGGGACGAAUGUUUGUGAAGUGUUUUGAGCAAAGCGCUCUUAGAAAAUGUCAAGUGGAAGAAGCGGUAAAGAUUUGAGAAAGACGGGUGCAUCGUGGUAGAAAACGGAGGAAUUCUCAUUUCUGUUGUAUAAAAUCCAGAUCUAUUUCUUAGCAAGACUAGCAAACAGUUCCCAAUGUGUUGUUGCAGCGCUUUCAACCGAUUAUGGAUUUUUUGGCUGGUUGAUCAUUUGCCCUUUUUCUGCUCAACAAGUCUCAUUGAGCUGUGUUACAUGUUAAAUAAACCUGUGGGUGGAAUCCAACAUUGCAUUAUCUGCUUAUAAAGACCUUUGAAUUCUGGGUCUUGGGAUUCUUAUCAAGUGCUUCCUCCCAUAUGAAGCUCUCUGAGGCUUAAGAGCUGUUUUCAAGCCCUGAUUUCAAAUUCUUGCAUGCUUUCAAGCCAGGCUUUCAUAAGAAGCAGAAGCUGCCUUUCUGUUACUGCUCCAGAGGUUUGGAUCACCUGCUUGCAGUCUAUUCUAGAAACCAGGAAGCUUAGUCGGGUCAGAAUCUAAUGUACACUUCCAGAGUUAAUGAUAAAUACAGAUUAGAGAACUGGGCAAAAACAAACAAGAUGAAUUUUAACAGGGAGAAAUGUAAAGUAUUGCACUUGGGCAAAAAAAAUGAGAGGCACAAAUACAAGAUGGGUGACACCUGGCUUGAGAGCAGUACAUGUGAAAAGGAUCUAGGAGUCUUGGUUGACCACAAACUUGACAUGAGCCAACAGUGCGACGCGGCAGCUAAAAAGCCAAUGCAAUUCUGGGCUGCAUCAAUAGGAGUAUAGCAUCUAGAUCAAGGGAAGUAAUAGUGCCACUGUAUUCUGCUCUGGUCAGACCUCACCUGGAGUACUGUGUCCAGUUCUGGGCAUCACAGUUCAAGAAGGACACUGACAAACUGGAACGUGUCCAGAGGAGGGCAACCAAAAUGGUCAAAGGCCUGGAAACGAUGCCUUAUGAGGAACGGCUAAGGGAGCUGGGCAUGUUUAGCCUGGAGAAGAGGAGGUUAAGGGGUGAUAUGAUAGCCAUGUUCAAAUAUAUAAAAGGAUGUCACAUAGAGGAGGGAGAAAGGUUGUUUUCUGCUGCUCCAGAGAAGCGGACACGGAGCAAUGGAUCCAAACUACAAGAAAGAAGAUUCCACCUAAACAUUAGGAAGAACUUCCUGACAGUAAGAGCUGUCACCUAAACAGGUGAUUAUAAAAAAGUUACUGAGUUAAAAAGUUAAAACAACAACUUAAUAAAGGGAGUUUACCACACGUUCUGAGAAGGGAUGGUCAUCUUUAAUAUUUUCCUCUUGUUCUUCAUUCACCAAAGCCAAAAGAGCCUUGGAGAUUGAACACCCGUGCCCCUAACUUCCAGCCAGUCAAUUGACGUUUCUCUUCGCCUGCCAGCCAGCUAAAGCUUCAGCUGUUUCGUUUACUGAUUAGAAGUUUUGCAGCCCUAUUGGAGAACCCAAAUGCCUCUGGGCCGGGGAUGGUGGGAGAUCUUGACAAAUUAAUGAAAACUAACAGCAGUGUUGAGAGAUUUACAAACUCUUCUUUGAGGGUGGAGAGGGGAUUGAGAAAUGAUGCCUGACAUGUUUUGUGUCUUUCCCCCCCCAGCCCUGUGAAAAUAAGCUUGAUAGGGGCCGUACUCUUCACAAUGCAGCACAUCUCUUUUCUUCCAGUAGCAAAGCCCAACCUCAUGCUGUAUUACACCUCCUUCUUGGUAAUCACAAAGGUAAGAAUUUUGGGGCUUCUUGGUGCUUGAUGUUGUGCUGACAUGAGUAACUUACAGGCACUCUAAAGAAACCUGUGCAUGUUUUUGUACUGAUGGUUCCAGUAUUGCAUCUAAUGCUUCAUAUAUUAGAUUUAAUUGUUUUAUAAUUACAUAAAAUCGGCACCCCGAUCUUAGUCUUCUUUUUUUAAAAAGUUCAUUCCUGCAUCAACUCUUCUUUCUCCAAUAACUAGAAGUUUGAAUACCAAAUUGUGUGGUAACAGUUAAAACUGGGGUGGUGAACUACUGGCCUGUGAGUCUGGUCCAGCUUCCCCAAUGCUUGUUUGUGACCUCAAGAACCCACAAUUUUUGUCAGCGGCAGUGGCGAAAGGCAGCAUGUGAUGAAUGUAGGAACUGCCUUCAGGAAAGAGAGAGAGAAAGCGCCACUGUGAACCAAAGAGGCAGUAUCAGCAAAACUGCCAGGACAGAUCCAAACAGGAAGGAGCUUUCUGAUCUGCUGUGGUGUUUCCUGGGCACUCAGGAAACUUUGGAGCAGAUCAGAGUGCUCUUUCUGUAUCCAGUGUGGUCUGAUCCGCUCCGCUUCCUCUUCUCCCAGCAGUUCACUUACUUUCCCUUCCUAGAAAGCAGUUCUCGGAUUGAGAGCUGCACUAGCACCAAGAAGACUGUUGGAGCACUGCUUUCCAUCCUGCCUAGCUAUCUUUGGUAGUGGCAGUAUUGAGUCCCAUGUGGAGGGAUUGCAGCAGGGCACCUCGCAGUAGGAGGGAGAGGGUGGGGAGGCAGUAAAUCAGGGGUGAGCAAACAGGCCUGCGAUGUGUGGCGGUCCUUGCACACGGUGCUUGCAUUGUGGUCUGUGUGGGGUGGCCACAUCCACUUUUGCCUUGGCCACACCCUUUGAUGGUUGACCAAGAGGAAAUGUGCCCCUUGGGCUGUAGAAGGAUAACCGCCCCCUCCUGUUUAAAGCAUUUGGGAAAAAAAUCAGUGGUGAAAAUUUUGGAUGGUGGUGGUAACUAAUUAGUCGUACCUUGGUUGCCAAACGCUCUUGGAACUCGUACAUUUCGGCUCCCAAACGAUCGCAAACCGGAAGUGAGUGUUCCAGUUUUUGAUUUUCGGAAGCCAAACGUCCAGCACAGCUUCCGCGGAAGCCGUGUCUUGGUUUUCGAACAGUUCUGGAAGUCAAACGGGCUCCCGGAACACAUUUUGUUCGAGAACCAAGGUAUGACUGUAAUCUGCAUCUGUCCUCUAGAAAAGCCAGAAGAACAGAAAGGAGCCCUCUGGGAAUGUUUGGGGGAGCUUCACUUUUGAAAACCCAAUGAGAUACGUACUUAAUUUCAAGGACCAGUUCACAUGACUACUCCUACCCUCUGCCAACCCGGGCUGUGGUUUCUCAUGUCGAGGACCACUGCAGUGCUCAUACUAGCCAACUUAGGAUUCCAGUGGCAAGGUCUACUCAGGAUUCACUUAAGCUCACGAUAUUUAGAAACAUGCUAGUUUUUCCUAUCCCUUCAAAAGCUGCUUUUGGGGGUUACAGGACCCCCAGGUAGAUUUUGGAAGCACGCAGGAGGCUGGAAGAGGGAGAAGAGAACCUGAAAGUCGCACCACGCAAGCGGGUAGGCAUCGCUUAGAUGUCACCCUGGGGUUGUAUUAUUUAUCAUUCUGCAUUUGUUUGUUUGCUUUUAACUAAUGCAAACUACCUUGAGCCUGCCAGGUAAAGCAGCAAUUUUAAACUUGCAAAUGGUCACAUUAAUUGUUCUGUGUACAGAAGAUAUCUACCUAGUUUUAGUUCCAUAGAAUUGUAGAGUUGGAAGGGACCCCAAGAGGCAUCUAGACCAACCCCGCUGCAAUUCAGGAAUAUGCAGGUUGCCCAUAUGGGGAUUGAACCCAUGACCAUAUGUCUGUGAAAUCAAUAGGAACUUUGCCUUCGCUUCAGCCAUGUCAGAAUUGCAUGCUAGGUGAUUCUGAAUGUGUGUGUGUGUGUAUUUACUAGUGAAGAUAUGAAUUGAAUUACAGUAUUAAUGUCAGUUUUAAAAAGUAUAACUGCAAUUUUAAGAAGUAGUGUUUGCUUGCUUGUAUGAUCUAGGGAGAAAUACGUAUUGUGUUUGAUAUUCUUCCCUUAACUUGGGUCCUGGUUUGUAUCUAAAAAUGGAAAAAUCAUUGGGGAAUUGGAUUAAUUCUUAUUUAUGGGUUGUUGCUCAUGACCUCGUGAUAUAACGUGUAUAAAUGCAAGGAAUAGCACAUCAGAUAGCCCAUAACCAUUCCUUCUAAUUGCGAGCUUGGGUGAUCACAUGAUGGUCUGUUUGGAAGGAAAGCAGGACCACCCAAAAGUAAGCGAGUGGUUUCUACCUGGGUAUUCCCUAGGUACACACACCUGCAAAUCUUGUUGGAGAGCUGAUGCCCCUUGCUGUGCUUCUUGUUUCAGGUAAUCAUGAUGCUGACGGAUAAUGCUUUCACUCCCUUGGCCCCGUUUGAGAAGGUGCUGGUUGGCCUCCUCUUUGGUCUUCACCCGCCUUGCCCUGAAGCCAGCGAGGCCAAAGUCCCUUACAAUGGCGCCUCCUCAGACUACGACCGCACGACAGCUGGAGAGACGAGCGACAGUGUCAAGAGAAGACAUGCCAAGAAAACAGAAUAAAAAGCUUAGAAUGUGAUGCGGGGUGGCCAAAUGUGGCUUCUUUGUACAUGCCCAUAAAAACACGCCAUGUUUUUCUUUUUCCUAAUAAUGUGAAAGGACAAUUGUGUAUAAGGAAAUUCACGUAGCAAAUGGCUUCCAGAAGCAUAGUGCAAAGUUUCCUGUGCAAACCCCCAUUUCAGUGAAGCUCGCUCAGGCUACAUUGCCCACGAACUUUCUGCACUAUUGACAACUACUGCCAUAUGGCUCUAUGUAGCCUCUAAAAUUUAUUUUUUUGUAAGCUAGAAUUCAUACUUGGACAAGAUGCAUCAUGUUGGGUUUCUUUCUAUCUAAUGUGACUUGAUAAAAGAAGAGAUUAUAUUGUGAUUUUAUGAAGAAUUUUUAUUGUGGUCUUAAAAUAGUUUUUCUACUUCAGAAAACAAAAUACUAACUUUUAAAAAGCUUGAUGAAAUAUUUUCUGGCACCAGUGAAAUGUGAUUGUCAGAACUGACUAUUUAUGUUGAUUGUAACUUAUUCGGGAGAUGAUCCAGCAGACCUGAGCACCUUGAAAUCUGAUGGGUGAGCUUUAAGCAUGAGCAUUUAGGACUUGAAAGUGCUUGAUUUUUUGGCUGAAUUGUGUCCUGCUGUUUUCAUUCUUUAAUACCAGGGAUUACUCUCCCAAUAUUUUAACACAUGAUUUUAAUCUAGUUGAGAAAUGUGAACAUAUUUGUGAAAAUGUAAUAUAUUCAGUGACUGAAAGAAGCAGUAAUUUCAGUGAUCAAAUUUAAACCAGUUUAAUAUUCUAACAAUUUUAUAUAUAUAUAACAGUGCUUGAGGGCCAAUUUUGUAAGUUUUCACACUUGGCUUGAGUCACAAGCAAUCUUGUAGCUUUUUUCACAAAAUUUUCAUACAGGGUUUUCAAAUCUUUGUAUGUUUACUCACUGGAACCACUUAGAUAUUAAAUUAUUUGUAAGCAUGAGCUUCCUUCUUCCUUGCUGGGUUUAUGAAACAAAGAAACUCAAGUGUUGUGGAUUUUCUUUUUGGAUUUUUCAAACAAUUCCACUUAAUCAGUCAGAGACUAAGUGUGGUAAGAACAGACCCCUCUUCAGUACACACACUCUUUUAUUUAUUGAAACAGAUCUUGCAUACUAGACAGGUUUUCCCUAUAUAAUUUGGUAUAUCAGCCUAUCUAAUGCUAGCUAGCUGUAGACACAAACUUGCACAUUGGACCACGUUUCAGAUGUUUGCCUGGUACCAAAACACCUGUGUGGUGCUGCCAAUCACCUGGCAGGAAAUAAAAAUAGAAAGGGGCCAACUUCCGGGAGGUCUCCAUCCUUUUCCCCAAAUCACCUGCCUGGCCAGAAUACAUGGUUUAUGGUCUGUAUUUGCCUUCAUAGGUCAGAAGCUUUAUCGCCCUGUUGUAGGAUUUAACCUCUACUGGAUGAUAGCCAACUAGGGGCAAAUCCACAAUAUACCUUUAAAGCAUAUUCAGCGCACAUUUAAAACACUUUCCCCAGAGGCUCAUGGGAACUGUAGCUCCCCCCAAUAGAGCUACCAUUUCCAGCAUCCUUAACAAACUACGGUUCCCGGGAUUCUUUGGGGGAAGCCAUGUGCUUUAAAUGUGUAUUGGAUGUGCUAUAAAGUUAUCAUGUGGAUCUGCCUCGGGUCAUAGAGUAGGCCUACAUAAAUCAAUGAACUUCAGUAACUUUAGGGAAAUAUUUCAUGACAUAAACAUAUGAUUUUACAAGUAACUUUACAUUGAAAAAUAAAUCCAGGAAGGCUUUUUUUAAAGGUUUAAUUUCCCCGCCCUUUAAAAAUGUAAAGCUAAAUUUCUCUCUUAAAGUGGUUUUGUUCUGGGAGAGUGUAAUUCAUUGCCAUAUAAAGAAAGGGUACUGUUGUCUCAAGUACCCAUCUACCAUUAUACUGAAAUUCAUUAGGGGGUAGGGCAGCUGAAAAGUACUUGAGACAAACACCAGCAGACAAGUGCGCUUCCAACCUUUUUGUGCCAGUAAAAUCUCUGAAAUGUUUUGUAUUACUGGGCUGAGCAAGUCUCUCUUUGCUACUAGAUCUUUGUGGUGCUGUUGACGACAACGAUCUCACCGUAGUAAUUUCACUGUAGUUCUUUUACACAAACGAAUGUGAAAAUGUAUUUGAAAUUACUGUUAAGAUAUUUACAGUUGUUAGCCAGAAAAUGGUCUGCUUUGUAUUUGGGUGCUGUGUGCAUUUUAAAUCCCUGCUAUUAAAACGAAAUGGAAAAGGAAACCGUUUGUCUCGGUGCCUUUUGCAGUGUGAUGGGC